AGGGCUGCUGUGCACACACAUCUCAGGCAGCCAUGGGGAACUGGGUGGAGAAUGAAGGACUGUCCAUCUUCGUCGUUAUUGUGUGGCUGGGCUUGAAUGUCUUCCUCUUUUGGUGGUACUACCUUGUGUAUGAUGUCCCACCCAAAUUCUUCUACACCAGAGUUCUCCUUGGCCGUGCUCUGGCUCUUGCAAGGGCCCCUGCAGCCUGCCUGAAUUUCAAUUGCAUGCUGAUUCUGCUGCCAGUGUGUCGAAACCUGCUCUCCUUCCUCAGAGGAUCAAGUGCGUGCUGCUCUACCCGUAUCAGAAGACAGCUGGACAGAAACCUCACCUUUCACAAAAUGGUGGCCUGGAUGAUUGCCCUUCACACUGCAAUUCACACCAUUGCACAUUUAUUCAACGUGGAGUGGAGUGUGCAAGCCCGUGUGGAGGAGAAAGGCACCCUGGCAGCUGUGCUUUCUGGCCUUGGAGACAAACCACAGGAAAGCUACGUCAACUUCUUCAGACAAACCAUUGGAAAUCCUGUUGGGGGCCUCUACGUGGCUUUCACAUACUUGGCUGGCAUCACUGGGGUUGUCAUCACACUGGCCCUCAUCCUCAUCAUCACCUCAUCCACCAAAACCAUCCGGAGAUCAUAUUUCGAAGUAUUUUGGUACACCCACCAUCUCUUUGUCAUCUUCUUCAUUGGCCUUGUCAUCCACGGUGCUGGUCGUAUUGUACGGGGGCAGACAGCUGAAAGUCUGGCUGAACACAACCCAGAGAUUUGCCACAAGAACUUCACCCAGUGGGGCAAGAGUGGGGCUUGCCCAAUCCCUCAGUUUGCAGGGAAUCCUCCUAUGACAUGGAAGUGGGUGGUGGGUCCCAUGUUUCUGUACCUGUGUGAGCGGCUGGUGCGCUUCUGGAGGUCCCAGCAGAAGGUUGUCAUCACAAAGGUGGUCAUUCAUCCCUUCAAGACAAUUGAGCUCCAGAUGAUGAAAAAAGGCUUCAAGAUGGAGGUUGGACAAUACAUUUUUGUUAAAUGUCCAGCAGUGUCCAAACUGGAAUGGCACCCAUUUACACUGACUUCUGCUCCAGAAGAAGAUUACUUCAGCAUUCACGUCAGAAUCGUAGGAGACUGGACUGAGGGCUUGUUCAAUGCCUGUGGGUGUGAUAAACAGGAAUUCCAGGAGGCAUGGAAGUUGCCCAAGAUAGCUGUGGAUGGCCCCUUUGGGACAGCUAGUGAGGACGUGUUCAGUUAUGAAACUGUGAUGCUGGUUGGAGCAGGAAUAGGGGUCACCCCCUUUGCAUCCGUCCUCAAGUCUGUCUGGUACAAAUACUGCCAUGAUGCCACCAACCUAAAGCUCAAGAAGAUUUAUUUUUACUGGCUUUGCAGGGACACUCAUGCCUUUGAAUGGUUUGCUGACCUCUUGCAAUCUCUGGAGGCUCAAAUGCAGGAGAGGAAUAAUGCAGAUUUUCUGAGCUAUAACAUCUACCUUACAGGCUGGGAUGAAACUCAGGCCACUCACUUUGCAGUGCAUCAUGAAGAAGAGAAAGAUGUGAUUACAGGACUGAAACAGAAAACCUUGUAUGGGAGACCCAACUGGGAAAAUGAGUUUAAAACAAUUGCAGGGAACCAUCCUGGCUCCAGAAUAGGUGUUUUUCUCUGUGGCCCUGAGGGCUUGGCUGACACACUCAACAAGCAGAGCAUCAGCAACUCAGAAGCUGACCCACGAGGAGUGCACUUCAUUUUUAACAAAGAAAAUUUCUAACUCCCAGGCGUGUGGGAGUCAUUAAAUGCCAAGUCUAAAGACCGAAUCUGUUUUUCUGUUUGGAGUCUGGAGAAGAUAGCCCAGCAUCGAAACUUCAGCUACACUAAUGCAACUCCUUUUGCUUCUUGGGAAUUAUUUUGGCUCUGUGGUGGAAUAAAAGAGUCAAGUUUUACCUUAGGGAAGUUUUCACUGCCCUCCAUGUGCUGGCUAUUUAGCAGAAAUCUGUUUUGUUUGUCUGUGUGAGGGGAUUUCCCCUCAAUUAACUGCCUUUAUCCUCUUAUUAUUCACCAUGGCUGCUGAAGAGUGGAGGCUGCCUUUGCUUUUGGGAGCCAAUUCACACUCAUAAAGCUUAGUGCUAUCAAACAAUAAAGCAUUCUAGCAUAAUGCUUGCUGUUAGGAGGCAGCUCAGCUCAUCCUGGCUGCAGCCAGUCCCUGGAACAAGGGGAGCUGGAAAAGGGUGACUGGGAAAGCUAGUUCUGUAGGAAAGGAAAGCUCCUUUGUGCACCAACACCUUCCAGGCUUCAGAACGAGCCUUAAACAUCCUCUCCAGGAGAACACAUGCAACUGAAAAGAAGCUGCUUCUCCUUAAAGUGAAAAGGAACCAGCUGAGGUUUUGAGAACCACCCCAGCUGCAGAGGGAUGGCAAGAACAGUUUCAACCCAAGUCCUGCACCUGGUGUGUGAGUCACUGCUUUGACUUUCACAUCUUCAGCCUCUCCUGCAGGUGGAGGCACCCAUGCAAGAAGAGGUUUUGUGUUUUCCAGACUGCCAUUUCUGGUUUUGAAGGCUGAAGAAAAGCUGUUGCUGAGUGAUUGAAUGGGUACUUUCUGAAGCUCUCUUAGAUGCAAACAGUGCCUUUGGCCCUAUUGCUCAGCUGUUCCUCUUUGAUGGUGAAACAGGCUUUGAGAAAGUGAUGGUCACUUUAUUCACAGUUAUGGAAUAGCUGUGAGUGAAGUUUCUGAUGUGCACAAGACUCUCAUACACAGCACAGUGCUUCUGUGGGGACACUACAGGUAGCAGGUUCUUAAAAACAAACCAAAGAAAGGAACCAAAACUUUUAAUACUGGCAAGAAAGACAAAAACAAAGUAUUAAAGCCAGCAGCAUAGGGGAAAAAAUUGAAAACAAACAGGUGCAAAAACUCUUAAAAAAUCCACAGUUUAGUAUACCAUGUCUUCCAUUCAUCCCAGUUGCCUGCUUAGUGACUUUUAACCUCACAGCCAAGCCCUGUAACAGCUCCUGCACAGCACAAGACCUUCCUGGCAGGUUCUUGCAGCCACACAAGAAAGCUGUGGUCUCCUUCUGCAAUUUCAGACAACUUUGUGCAGCCAUCUGGUUGCAUGUAGCAUAUUUUAUACCUCAGCUUGCCAGACAGGAUGUGUGUUCUCCCUUUACAGCAUUUUAAAAUGUUAUCCAGGCUCUGAAUGCUACUUCAGAAACACAGCCUAUCAGUUCCUGUUUAUUAAUAUCAGUUAUCAAUGAAUAUUGGCAAAGGUCAGCUCUUGGUGGGGAAUUUUACAGUUCUUUCCCUCAGAAGGGCCACAUUCAAAUCCACAUAGUUCUGUCUGAAACACACCUAUUAAAUUAUAUCAGAACGUAAGUAGAGCCAAAGAAACCUCUUCUGUGGAGUAAAUAUUGCAACUGAAAUUUAAUAAGUCUCAUCCCAUGCAAAGAGCACUAAAAUAUUUGCCCUUGAUUUUAAUGGAAAUGUGAUCAGGUUUUUAUAAUCUUAUAAAGUGGGCAAAGAGGAAUUGCAGGGGGUUACCUGGAGACAGCACAUUUAUCAUGAGAAAAGUCUUGGAGGGGCAUAUUUUAAUUCACCAUUAAUUUUCUAUACAUUGCCAUGUUUGUUCCUAAAACAUCAGGGGUCUUUCCUAAAUCAGUUGC